AUGCCUUGCUUUGGAAGCAGGAAGAAGAACAAACGUAAGAAUGUUCCUUUAGAAACGGCUGCCGCGCAACCGUCACCAACACCGCAACCUGCGCAACAACCAGAAGAAAAGCAACCCCAACAACAACUACACCCGCCUGUCACUAGCAACCGACCUCCAAGUAUUGCCAGCUCAGUAGUACAGAUACGUCAAGAAUACAAAGAGCUUAAAACCAAGCAAACAGAACAUCUCGAUGUUAUUGCACGCCAAUCGGCCGAGUUAGAAGAGUUACGCUCACUUGUUUCAAACCACAAAUCCGGGGCCGAUCUGGAUCUGCAGCAGAAAGAGCUCAAGUUACAACAACGGGAGAAAGAAAUCGAGGAAUUGAUGCAAAAGAUACAAGCACAGGAACAACAGCAGGACGAGGAGCAGUUGCAGCUAGCAGAACAGCUCAAAGCCAAAGACAAGCAGCUGGAAGAAUUGCAGGCCAAGUGGAAACAGGAAGCAGCCGUCAAGCCAGCAUUACAGCAAGUAACGGACCAGCUCGAAGACCUAAAGAAAGCAAACGAUGCAGCCGUGAGCAGACUGGCAGAGACGGAAAAGGAACUGACAACGUUACGGUCCCAACAAAAUCCACCUGAUGGCAGUCCUAAAGAUAGCAGUAAAGAUCAAGAGCGCCAGAAGCGGUUGAACCGGUUGACAAUGGAUCUGGAAAGUGACAAAUUCAUGAUCCAAAAGUUGGAAGAACUGAACCAGCAGUUGGAGGCUCAGAAAAAGAAGCACGAGGCAACCUUGCAAACACACGCAGAGGAAAUGGCUGAAAAAGACCGCGUCCUCGUCCAGCAUCAACAAUCCCUGAGUGAGCUGAAGGCGGACCAAGAACGUGCCAUCAAAAACCUGGAGCGCAAGCAAACCGAAACUUUGAACGAGCUGCAAAACAAACACGAACGGGACACCAAAAUCUUAAAGGAACGUUUGGAGAAUGUGGAAAGACGUGCCAAGAGCGAUAUGAACAGCGAAGUUGAGAAACUGCUGCAGGAGUUUGAGCAGUCGGAGCACGCACAUUCCGUCCAAAUGGCUAGUCUGCAGAAAUCACAUCAGAAAGAAAUGUCGGUCAUGAAACAGGGCCAAAAGGCAGAGUUACAGAACCACAUUAAGCGUGCAAGCAUGGUCUUGUUGGAGAAGAAUAGCGAGCCCAUCAACUUGCGCAAGACAGGUGGAUCCGCAAGCGCCAGAGUGAUGCGAUGGCCUGUUGCUGUUAUGAAGCAGCAGGAGAUUGAGCUAGUGCCCCGUGAUUCAUCCCACGUGCAGAUCUAUGUCUCGAGCGUGUCGGCAAACCCUACAAUCAAGCGCAACCAAGAGUCCCUGCAGACCAUGCUUACGUCAAAACAAAUCACAUUCCAGGUUGUUGAUGUGGCACAAAGCGAGCCAGCACUUCAGCAUAUGCGUCGUCAGAAUGUCGGUAAUACAAGGAACUUGCCUCAAGUGUUUGUCGGCGGCGAGUACCGUGGUCCAUACGAUGAAGUGAUGCGUGCAGUGGAAUCAGGCACGCUUUCAGAGUUCCUGCGUCCACGAGAAAAAGAUAUCAAGCUCAGCGUUGCUACGAGGAAGUUGCCACGGAAAGGAUCACAACCAUCAUCGGGAUCGCUGUCAUCCAAUGAACCUACAACGCCGACGACCUUAGCACCCGCUGUUCCGCCUGUGCGUAUUGCCCAGCAACAGCGAAUCAACAAUGCCACCCACGAUGAAGACGCUGACUUACUAAAAGAAAUUGAAAAGGAGUUGGCGCAGUCUGAUUUUUCUAAAGUUGAUUUAAACUUUUAG